UUACUAGUCAGUACAGAGGUGGCAGUGGCUGUGGUGAGGUUUAAAUUGUGAGGACACACAGAGAUGUGUUUAAAACGCUGGUUUUGAGUGAAACACACUUAAUUCGUGCGGAAUAAAUCCUGACAGAAGCUUUCAGGUGGUGCCAGAUUCCUGUGGCUUCUGUUCGGUGAAUAUAGUGAGAAGAUGAAGAAAUAAAUUCAAAAACCAAGUCUCUUAUUCACUUCAUUUCACCUGGGUCCAUAAUUCUUCUUCAUAGUCCGGAUGGAUUCCUAUCAUUUCCACUUCGAGAGAAUGAGUAAUCUUGACCUACACCCUCUAAGCCUUCCAGUCAGUCGACUUUCACCAGCAAAGUCCAGCGGCAGUAUUGAUCAGUACACCAACCACCACAGCAAAGGGGACUCUGCCUAUAGCUCAUUCUCUGGCGGGUCUACAGUCCCUGAUUACCCCUCUCCCUUUCUACUGGAUGAUCUACAGUCAAACACCUUGCAUUACGCUGAUUUGAAAUAUGCAAAAGCUAAAUACAGCCCAACCUUUCUUGAUUCGGAUUCGAAGAGCAUGGACCACAUUUACCGUUCCAUGGCAGCCAUUGCGCAACAAAGUUCAACAGUUCCUACAAAUCCCUUACCACCCCCACCACCUCCUGCCCGCCUCGACAGCUUUGUAACAACCAAGAACCUGGAAAAUUCAAGGGCACGACAGAGUCCUGAAGGACAGCUUGCUGACGUUUCUACUUCUCAGCAGUCUAGAAAUGUGGAGCUAUGUGGUGUCCAGACUGAGCCUGUCUAUGGUUGUGGGUUUUCACAGCAUUUUCAGAGAGAUCAACCCAACCAAGGCCUUGUGGAUAAGACUGUUGAGCCACAAAAACCGAAUCGCCUGCCAUUACAAGUCUGUCAGCCAGAGCAUGUGCAGCAGUCUAGAAGUGGUCAUUCCGAAACUCACCGGAAAAGGUCAUAUUCAGCUUAUGGUCGCCCUUCUGUUGAGGAGCAAUGCUACGUCAGCUCCUGCCAUAUGCCACAGAAAUCCACCAGUGGGAGUAUUCACCACAAAGGGCAAUUUUAUUUUGUUACUGGUGUCUUCAAUUCUCCUGAGCCUAGUGUCACGCAAGGGGACAGUGCAAGCAUAGCAGACUCCAGUGAAUGGUCAUAUACGGUUCAGCGUAGAAGACAAAGUUGUCCAGAUGGUCCGAGUGGAAGACUGUUUUACCAAGAAGAACUCAAAUUUAGCAAUCAUAAUGACAUUGUGGAGCCUAACAGCAAGGUAAUUAAUCAAACCAGUAAGUCUGAACUGACCUCCCAAGGUGUAGAAGAGGUCAUCAUGAGCAAGGAAAUUGAAAGACAUCACUCCUCUAGCCAUCCAAUCUUCUACUGUGGUCCAGAAGAGAGUUUGGUUGGCAAUAUGAUGACUCCUGCUUUGAUUAAAGAAGACCCCAAGACAAAUGAACCGAUGACAAGUAUUUUGCGACAGCCCCAAGUGGACGUUCCAAAUGACAAGAUCAGCAAGGAGACCACUCCACUUUUAUAUCACCUUACAGGAGCCAACAGGGCAUCAUUUACCAACAAGCUCAAAAACAAAAAUGACUGUGGGAUGGGGAGCAAAAUUCCAGACUGUGACAAAGAUAAGCAGAAGGCAGGAAGAGAUGGGCAAGUCUCUCCUAGCAGUGAACAUCAACAGAACGCAAAAUCUAACGAACAACCAGCUGAUUUUCCCUACCUCUGUGGUACCUUAGAUGAUUCCUAUAAAAAGUAUUACAAGGAAAAACUGAAAGAUGCCCAAUCCAAGGUUUUGAGGGAGACUUCAUUUAAAAGGAGAGAUCUGCAACUGUCUUGGCCCCACAGAAUCAAGCAGCAGCCAGACAAAAAGCUUUCUGUUGUUCCUACUGGUCCGCUAUCACAAAAAAUGCAGCCCAGCUUAGACAAGUUCACUCACCAACUAAACAAGCAUCAACUAACCGAAAAAGAAAAUGUGAAGCAUGAACCUGACCUGAGUCAGGAGAUUGUGAAAAUAAUUGAAAAGGAGAAGCCACAGAAUAUUGCUCAGCCACAGGUUCCUCGGGUGGGGUGUCGGAAACGCUUGACAGCGGAUCAGAAAAAGCUGUCUCACUCUGAGCCUGAGAAGCUACACCAGCUGGCAGAUGAACCCGCUCACAUAACCUGCCGCUCUCUUGGAAAUGAAGGUGAAGGUCUGCUCUCAGAGGGUGAUCAUGGACUAGUGGCUGCAAGGAAAAAGAUGUUUGAAACAAGGGGACGUGCCAUGUCUGCCUCCAACUUCUCCAAAUCAUCUCUGAAGAACCUUCAGCAAAAAGCCUUGGCUGCAUACAUGGAGCGUAAAACUGGUCAAAAAGUCACUGAGCCUCAGCAGCAUGUUCAACCAGUGCCCAGUCACAGAAAUUCAACUGCAGGAAGACUGUCUGAUUCUGGCUCUAGAUAUAAUUCAAGCAUCGCAGGCUCCAAUAAGCUCCACAGGCCUCUCUCUGCUGGUCGAAUUCUUGAUUCAGUGUCAAGUUCUGUUAAAUAUGCUCAGUUCGUAAAUGCUCAACCCCGCAGCCAAUCGAGGCAGUCUAGUUGGAGGGAGGAUUCCACUAAAGCGGGAAAGUCUUCCUCUGCAGAAAAUCUCUUGGACCAGCCGGAACAACCUGAGUUUUUCCGAGCUCGCAGCACCUCGACUCCUUAUCGUUUGCAGGUUCCGAAGUAUUCAGAUGAGUUUUCAACCAUUCAUAAUGAGGACAUUUCAAGUGCCCACAGUAAAAUAGUGGAAGAUACAGUAGUGUAUCACAGUCAUACGGUAUCAGAACCAGAUGACCGGCGGGUACGAAGGAUAGCUCCAAGAGGAAAAUCUAUGGAGGAACUUGGUGUCUCGAAGACCUCAAAGCCUGAAGUUCUCAGCAAAAGCUCAGAGCAGCUUGACCAACUCCAGAGAAAGCAGGUCGUGUCUGGUAAAGAUAAAAGAUCAGUGUCGUUCCUUGCUGAAGGAACUCACACAGAGAAAUCGCUAUUCAGCUCUGGAGAACACACAAAUGACUUUCAGGCAGGCCCUGAGAGGCAGCACUUAACCAGUUCUGUAAAGCAUUUAUACUCCUAUGAGGAUAAAAUCCAAAUGGCACCAUGCAGCGAUGAAUCUAAAAUUGGAGAUGACACAGUUAUGUCUGUUCGUUCCACUGAAGCAGAUGAGAUCACUUUGGAAACUGGAAGCAAAGAGCAAAACACUUCUUGUCAGUAUGUCCCUAAUCAGGAUAUUUCCCUAAGUCAUGGAAUCACAACAGUCCCCAAUCUAUGGACCUCCAUACCUGAGAUAAAUGAGACACGGAGUCGGCCAUCUUCUGAAACAACUGUUGUUGAACCUCAAAAAAAACUUACUACUCCAUGUAGUGAGAGAGAACCCACUCCAACAUUUCCUGACAUUCAGGAUGUAGAGUCAAGCCGGAUAUCUGCAGUCAACAGGGAAGAAGAUGGGAAUGAAAAGGAGGAGGAUAGACUUCUUGUGAUCGAAAACAAGGUGCCAGAAGGGAACGGUCCGAAGCAGAAAUUAGAGUGGGAGGUGCUGGUUCAGGAGGUGGUUUCAGCUGACCAAUCAUUAGCUUGCACUCUUUAUCCUAUAGCCAAUAGAAAGACCGGCCUCAUGCUGAUGGAGCAGCUGUUGUCUGAGGAUACUCUUCUAAUGGAGGAACACUACAAGAAGAAACAGGAGCAGAAACUUAAUCAUUCACACAGCACUGAUACGCUUGUAGAAGACAAACCAUUGAAAUCUCCCUCAUCUCUGAACAAUGAUGCUGCUCCCACAAACCAAAAAGCCUGGAACACCGAAACGGAUGUCACAGAAAAAAAGAGAAAGCUAAUAGCACACAUUGAGGAGGGCUUGACAUCUCUACAGGAAGUUCGCUCCACCCUUCGAGUCGAGGAAAAGGACAAUGGGAAACUAGGCGAUGCUAUAGAAACUCUUGUACGAGAGUGCUGUUUGCCAGCUGAGCUGGAGCGCUACAGACAGUUUAUAGGAGACCUGGAGCGGGUUAUCAGCCUUCUGCUCUGCCUGUCAGCCCGUCUGGCCCGCAUACAGAACGCCCUCAGCACUGUGGACGACACCACGGACACUGAGGAGAAACAAUCAUUGGAUAACCGCCACCGUCUGCUGUGCAAACAGAGGGACGAUGCCAAAGACUUAAAGGACAACCUGGACCGCCGGGAGCGCGUGGUCUCCGCCUUCCUUUCCAAGCAGCUAACGGACACACAGCUCCAGGAGUACCGCCGUUUCGUCCAGACCAAGGCAUCCCUGCUCAUUCGUCUGAAGGACCUCGAUGAGAAGCAGCGCCUGGGAGAUGAACAGAUCGAGGCUUUAUUGACCAGUAUACCUCGUUGAAAAGAGGUUCAGUUCCUCCUCAGACCUGCAAAUAUUCUGAAGUAGAGAUCCCCAGAUUCCCAUUGGCAAUUAUGGGGUUGCGCUGGUUUAUUACAUGGGUCUGUAAUGCCUAAAGGUGCCUUUUAAGCAUGAGCAUGUGUUCUGCGGGGACGUUUCUCUGUUAUUUGUAGUUACGCUAUGCUGCAGAUUAUAUUAAGAGGACUUUUUAAACCUUUAAGAGAGCUUUAAGAUGCCAGGUAUGGUUUGUUGUGAGUGGAUAAAAAUGCCCUUUCAGGUGUAUUUGUUUGUUUGUUACUUAGAGAGCACUCUAAGACAAUGACCAAAAAGAAAUAAAAAGCACUUUCGAUACUAAACCACAUAUACUUAUUAGGAACAGUUCAAACUCUAUUGCAAUCCUUCUCAUGUGUUUAUUCUGGACUUGAUUGUUUUUAUGUGGCAUUUGAUAAUGUAACAUAGUGUAGAUUUUUAUCUGUCCAGUAAUUUCAUUUGACAAUAUCAUGAUGAAUAUAUUUAAUGUUUAAAGUAAUGAAUUUUAUUCUGUUCUUAACUUUCCUCAUAAAGUUGCAUUUGGUGUGGAACCUUUUGAAUGA